GUUUAAAUUGACGUUUAGUUUCCAAAAACUUUAAAAAUUCAUGUUUUUGUAACCUUUCUCAAUAGACACCUUUAACAUUAAUUACAAUUGAUAACAAUUGCAUUACAGUAACAAUUUUAAUCUGUGUUGUGUUAUCGUUAUCCACAUAUUCGUUAUUCAACCUGUCUACUAAAAUCUAUAAGUAAAAAAUAAUUUAUACAAAAUGUACUAAUUAGUGUCUGAAUAAUGUUUUGCCAGGAUAUAGAAUAAUAUAGUAGCAAUGUUUAAAUUAGAAUCGUAUAUAACUCCAAUUAUAUUGAGUUAUGUGAAUAGAUAUAUUAAUAAUCUUAAGCUAGAGGACACUAAUGUUUCUCUGUGGGGUGGAGACGCCACCUUUCAUAACUUAGAAUUGAAUCUGGAAGUUCUAGAGGAGGAAUUACAACUACCUUUUAGUUUUGUGUCGGGAAAUAUUAGAGAACUUUCCAUACAUGUACCAUGGACCAAAAUUACUUCAGAACCCAUCAAAAUAACUAUAAACACCAUAGAGUGUAUACUAAAUUUGAAAGGAAAAGGGCCGGUAAAAACGCCUCAAAGGAAAAAAAGUAACAAAGAAAAAAAAGUACCGGGACAGCAUAAGAAUGUUGAAGCCCCUCCUGGGUAUAUACAGUCUUUGAUAAACAAAAUUGUUAGUAACAUAUGUGUGUAUUGUAAUAAUUUGAUUCUAAAAUAUGUGGAGGAAGAUAUAGUUUUGUCAAUGAAUGUAAGAUUGUUGAAGUUUGAAGGUGCUAGUGAUAAGUGGGAGUCAGCAUAUACCGAUUUAUCUCUGGCACAUGUAAUAUUAAGAAAAAUUAUUAGUGUGAAUGAUUUAACUUUGUGCUUAGAUAAAAGGAAUGCUUCUGGUAAAAUAGAGGUGUAUCAAGAACCAAUGUUAUACAGGUGUUCUAUGACUAUUCAUUUGUUGAAAAAUUACCAUUCAGCUACAGCAAAUAAGGCUUCUACAACAAGACUUGAUAUUUAUUGCAACAACAUGGAAUUUAGUAUGACAGAGCAACAAGUACCUAUGCUGAUGAGACUGUUGAUGUUGCUGUAUGCGCUUCAACAAAAACAAUUAAAAUCUGAAAGUUGUUCAACAACAGAUACUGCAGGACCAUCAAGUGAUUGCAAAUCAGAUAACCCAGAAAAUGCUGAAACAUGGACUGGUUGGGCUUGGUCGUAUGUUUCCUCAGUGUUGCCAGCUCCAUGGGAGUUAGAGUGGGAUGACGAUGAAAACAUAUGUGGUCCUAGCGGACAUACUUUACAGAUUGGAUUGUAUGUGGAUCGAGCGACUAUCACCUUUAAGGUAUCAGAAUCAUCAAACGACAAGAGCUACUACCAGCAAAAGAAACUUCGCUACUACCCCAUGCUGACCUUGGACCUGCAAGGCAUCUACAGCGACACCAUAAUCCACGGCUUAACCUGGUUUAACUGUACAGGUGGCGUCAGCGAAGCCACCCUGUUUCCGGCCGGUCACUGUAGCUGCGGCUCGCCGGAAGUCAACGAGAGCACGGCGCCAUAUUUGAAAAUCGGCGCCCCCUCCAACUGUCACAAGAGCGACUCGCUGUUCGACGUGGAGGCCGUGGAGAACAAGGGCGGACAGAAGGUUUACAAUACGUCCUGGGACCAUCACAUGAUCACCAAUACCGAGUCGGUGUUGCUGGAAAGGACUCCCGCUUUUGCUUAUGACUAUGUGUAUCAGAUUGUGGUGCCUGAAGAUGUUAGUAGUGAUAUCUUGUCGGAAAUGGGGAGUAAUUAUGAAUUCAGCAACUUGACAGAAACUUCUGCCUUGAGGAUAUGCCUCGGUCCUCUGCGUUUACGCAUCUGUUCUGGCCUAUUUCACCGAUUCAGCACGCUACAAAUGGCAUCGUCCUUCUACGAUUACCCGCCUUACUACGUCCCGAAACCUCAUCUAUCCUUGCAAGAGCUAUUGCCUCCAUCCGAAGAUGACUUUGAUGCCCUAAUGGAAUUUAUACCCAGUAGAAGCUUAAGGGUCACAUUCUUCGCACCACAAAUUGAACUGGACCUAAUGGAUCAUCCGUUUUUCGAGCCCAGCAGGUGCUGCUUGUCUAGAAGAAGCAAGAAACAUUCGACCUCAAACAUGCCUACUUCAUCCUCCACCUUGCCAAAAAUAACCAUAGAAUGUCAGUUUAUUGACAUAAGCACCCAGUACCCGAUGUACGCUGAUAGACUGGUUCAUACUACCUGUCAACUACCGGAACCUCCUAUGCAGUUAUUCGAGGCUUGCUAUUCGAAGAGAACUAUCAAAAUUGUCGGUUUGUUUAGCCGAUUGGUGGUCAAUCCGAUGUGCCAGAGCAUUAUUUUGACACCCAGUUCAAUAUCUUACAGCGACAAAUCUAUUCUUAAACCUCACUACUGGACAAAUCCUGAUAUUCCUCACAACGAAAUAGUCUUGGAAAGCGAAAGCAUCACUUUGAACGGCACCAAAGCCAAAAUGCUGGUAGUGUACAACAUCAUCGAAAAAAUGCUUCAAAAAGAGCCAGAUCCUGUGGGAAAAAGUAUUUACAGCUCUAGCUUACUCACAGAUGCAUGUAGGGAUUUUGGACUUCCAUACAUGGAAAUAUGCGUUGAAGGUAUAAGAUUCAAAAAGGUUGUUACAAACUCUACCCAGACUAUGGAUAUGAGUUUGGAAUCUAUAAAAGCCUUUAUUUUUGAGUCUGUUGAUUCAAAGGCUAGUUUAAGGUGCGGUAGACCUGGUAUGUCUACUGAUAUACAACAAGUGUUGUUUGUAUCUGGUCCUGAAGGUGAUAGUGUAGAUAAAGAAUCGUCUAAUACAAGAAAAAGUAGUUUCUCAGAUAAUCCACCACUUUUGACAGCUAUAAUUCAGUUCCCUUUGGACCCAAACGUUCAACAGCAUCCUCCAAUUCUAUUAUUCAAUCUACGCGAAAUACGAAUUUGUGUAGAUCCGCUUCUUUGUAAAUGGUUACUGUAUGUUCCAAAGAAUUUUUUAUUGAAUGAUUUGAUAGAUAGUCCACCAUCAAAACUAAAAACCGUGUCAGAUGCUAGUGGUAGUGCUAUUGACACGCCUAGGAAGUUCAGUACUCAUCAGAUAGAAUCAGUUCAUAGCAGUUCUGAUAGAGAUCAGAAAGCAGUACGUAAGAAAAGUCUAAUAGAAAAUUUGCAAACAGAAGAUUUAGUUGAUGCACAUGAAAAAGUAUACACGAUUUUAAAAACUUGGUUUGAUGUUUGGAAGGGAAUGUACCUCUGCGGCGAUAUUUCCCAGUGCAGCAUAUAUUUUCCAACGGUGUCAUUGUCAGCAGUGGGAUCACAAGGUAUCCAAGAAGCUGUCGAAAAUACAAUGAAUAAGGAAAAUCCUCCUGACAUUAUGGUUAUCACGUUACCCUUUGCUAACAUCAGAAGUGUACAAAGACAAAUAAUUAAAAAACAUUUAACUACAUUACCAGUUACUUUGCCCGAUAAUGUAUGGUCCAUAGAUAAAUCAAGCUUUCCCUGGACAAUGUCAGUGUCUGAUCUAAGUUGUUACACUAUACAGCAUGGUAACAAAUUGAUAUUUUUGAAACCAGUUACUCUCAGUGCUACGGUAGGGUUAUCUACUCGCCCUUCUAAAGCUAAUGUCACUGCGGAUUCUAAUACGGAUGUCAGUCAGACUGUCAAAAAUACUAGUCAAGAUGAAUUAAAUGUUUCCAAUGUGACCAGUCAGACUCAGAAAAGAAAAGGUUCUAGAAACACGAACCUUAGUGCUUCCAGCGCUAUAAAUACACCGUUUGGAAAGAACAGCGACAGUACGGCUCCUAGUAGUCCAAACAAUCAGAUUAAAAGCAAUCAUUCUUUGGAUUGGCAGAGUCAGAAUUCUUGCAGUGCGCAAUGUAAAAGUGACAUAGGAUAUUUAGGCGUUUGUGUUCACAUAGAUAUGACUCCGGUAGUUGUAUCUACGUCAGAAGUUCAGGUUUACCUUUUUGCCAGUAUUCUGUACGGUCUCAUGGAAGUGGCACAAAAUCUUAUACCUUUGCACAAAGGAAGAAACUCUGGUACUAAAACUGUACCACAUGAUGUGGUUCCACAUCAGAUACUUACUAAAGAAAGCACUACACUCUCUCCUACCAUUCUGAAAGAAGACGAUGAACAUUCAAGUCAAAGAACUCCUCCUUUGAACACAACAGUGAGCACCGAGGUUAUGGUGGACGAAGAAACUGUCAAAUUGACAGCUUGGGUGCAAUGGACUAUCACCAGAUUUACCGUGGAACUGUUCUCAUCUCAAUUUAAAUCAUCAAGUAAAGAAGAUGAACAAGAUAUUCAACCCAGACUGAAGUUAGUUCUAGAUGUUGAAGAUAUAGUCAGCUCUCUAGAUUUUCAAAGUGUGUAUUUGAAGAUUAAGAGUAAAAUAGGAUCGGGUUCAAUAAGACAUUAUGAAAGGUCAUCUCCAACAGCUCAGUGGGUUCCUGGUCCAUUUUCAGGCAUAGUGAUGCGAGUUAGAGAUGAUUUUGCAACUAACCCAAGGCAGGAAGACAAUGGAUUAAUUAGUGUGGUUAUAACUAGAGCUAGCUGUCAGCACACGCAUACUUUGUGGGGAGCUGUCAGAAAAAAGCACAAAGACAAGAAAGAAGAUUUGACCAAGCAAAUUCUGUCAAAAUCAAGAUAUAUCACCGAAAUCGUAGUCAAUAUUCAACCUCUAGAUUUUAUCAUAUCCCUAAGCACAUUGAGGAGCUUUUACCUGGUUUUAAUUCCUCUUCUAAAUAUUCCUGUAAAAUCACCAGAACCUGAAAAGUGCGACUCUGUAUCUAGCACUAACUUUUUGAAUUCCGUCAAUAAUCAAACUUUACCUCUGGCUUAUCUAGAGUGUCAGGAUAUCAGAGUUAUAAUGCCAUCUAGCGAGUUAAUAGGAAAUGGUUCUUUACAUGACGUGAUGGUUUUCCAGUUGCAAAAGGUUACUUUAAAUCCUCAAGCUGUCAAUCCCAUCUGUAGAGCACCGAUUCGAACUGAUUUGUAUGAGCGAGCUGCGCAUGCUCGUAUUUUAAAUAUACCAGGAAGUGAAGUUGAGGAUAGGCAAUACCAAUUAGACUUGCUGGGUAUAUCGCUUUGUUCUGGAGUAUGGGACGAAAUAAACUCGGUUUUACACCCGAAAGAAAGUUCUUUAUCGGACUUGCGGGGCAUGAGCGAGAACCCUGCACUGGAAUGGAACAUUUUGGAACAAGGUCAACCUAAUACUGCACCCACAUUGAAUUUAAGAUGUAUUAUAGAAAAGUUUAAUGUGUCUGUCAUCGCAGCUCCAGCAAUGACGUAUAAAGAUAAUGUCAUCAUUUGUGGACAUGCAAUGGAGAUCAACUUUGUAUCUGACAUUUUUGUGAAUUUGUCGCUGCAUCAGAUCAAGAUAGUAUCAGGUGUACUGGCUGAAUUUGUAGUAUUGUUAACUCCGUUAAUAAUGGAGGAUGGCUUGUUGAAAAGACCGAAAAUAAAGUUCCCCUACUCGAGAUUCGAAUCUUUUCUUUCGGAAUUUGAUACCGAAAAGGAGGUUGCCGUUAUUGACGGUCUAAAUAAAGAUUCGGGCAUCGAAACAUCAGAUGUAAAAAGCCUUCAGUCUGCCAGGGCUCAGACUUUCCUUAAUUCUAAACCAAGCACCGAAAGUGAGAAACAGAAUAUUUUUCCUAGACCGCCUAAUACAGUACCUUACUUGCCAACUACGAUUCCCUUGGAAGUUCUGAUAACUUCCGGUAAAAUUACUUUGUCUUUGUACAGUGUAGAUGACGAGAGAAAUGUUUAUAUUAAGUAUAAGGGCAAGAAAAAGAAAUCACAGAAGAAGGCCGAUGAAGAUCAAGGUUACGAGGCGUCGGAAGAAAGUACGGAUGACAAAACUGAUAAUUACAAAAAGUAUAUACCGUUGAUUUACGUUUCUUUCACUCAACCUAACGCUUUCUUUGUCAAACAACAGAUAGGAAGAAAACUUCAGCUGUCGUGUUUCGAUAUUAAUUUCAAACUAAGCGGUCCAGAAUAUACUGCUCUGAAUCACAUGCCGAAUGAAACGGACUUUCCAGUAAAUUUGUUAGAGACCAAGCCUGGAACGCCUAAUAGUAACGGUAUCCUACCGGCGUUUUUUGUAUUGAAGUUUAUCAAAGGUGUAGGCAAAAAAUCAAAAAUUGAACUUGACAUCUCCAAACCUACCAAAGUUCUGUGUAAAACCUCAAAAUGGAGCCAUAUGUUGGCCAUUAAAGAUAAAGUUGUGGAUACAUUUAACAGUGGCGGAGGUGGCAACAGUUUCAUGGUCCUUUUAAAGGCGCAUUUGUCAAAUAAGAAAAACGCCAUUAACGAAAGUCAACGAAGUGUUCGAGUGAACGAUACCUAUAGCAAAUUCCAAGAAAUAAAGGAAUUUUUAGGUAAUACAAAUUCAGUCUCGGUCAAUUUUGACCAAAUCGUCUUUGCCGUAUCCUCGGAAAGUGGUCACGAGCUUCACAUAGGCAUGCAAAAACUCAAAAGCCAUCUUUCUUUGAACACCAGACCCGAAAAAUUAUGCUUGGCAACGACUUUCGAAUGCCUGACUUUGACUGUCAUUCAUGACGUUUUCAAAAAACUGUUGCUAAACCCCUGGACUGUCACUGUUGAUGUUUGCGUGUUCUGGGAAUCUUGGCAAGACACAGACAGCAAUCCCCAGGUUCAAGUAUCGAUUGAAAGUGACUGUAUUUUACUGGACGCGACUGCAGAGCAUUUAAAAUGUGUCGAGAUGGUUUUAAAAGAUGUAAAAGAGUUUAUAUCGAUGUUGCCGAAUAAAGAUAUGGAUGAAGUUAAGAAGGAAGAUAGUUUUGCAAAAAUAGAAAAGGAUCAGUACUACAAGGAUGAUCUGAGAGCUGGAGCCUUUCAGUUUGUCGAUUCUAGUACUGAUAAUUCUGAUGAAAUGCCUCUACCUUAUCAGGUUAUGUUUUGGUCGAAAACCAUAUCAGCCAUGGCUUGGAAAUAUCCGCAGCCUCGCGCUUUGACCAAAGUGAGAGUUUUUCCGGUGCCGUACAAGAUGGCGCUUGGUUCGCAAGAAAGCGUCAUGAUUCUGUGUCAUUUGGAAUACUGGUCCGAGUGUAGGAAUUGUUAUUUGCCAUACACCGAAUUCUAUUUGUCUGAAAGUGAAGUUUGUCACCUAAACUUGCCCAAAGGACAGCCCCAAAAAAUCGUUGCCAGCGUUUGGAGGGUGGUAAUAACUGCAGUUGAUGAUCAAUCCGAUGAAAACAUACCUCACAAAAUAGGGAUUUCACCGAGAGCUCUAGCCGCCUGCAUGAGAAUCGAUUCUUACUUCAAUAAGUCGUUGAUUCCUAACCUCACUACUGCUCUAUACAUAACGAAGAUAGAGGUCGCUUUGUACAAUUACUUUCCUAAAAACGAAAAUAAUGUAAAGUUGCCAAAGAGUCUGAAAAAAUACAGUUCCGAUUUUAGCUUUCCUGAAAAUCAAAGAUUUUUGACAUUGACAGUUGACAAUUUGUGCUCUUACUUGUCAACAUGGAAUUUCGAUAUUUUCGCGACUGAAAUAACAGGAGCUCUAAGUUCGAAUGUGUUAGAUUAUGCUUUUUUAACUGAACAAAACCUUUUAGAAACGUUUACAUGUAAGUUGGAAUUAUUCUUAAACAAAGGCCUGGAGUGCAACAUAAUUUCUAAGCCUAUACGCCUAAAUAUCGCACCGAGCAUUGCUCAUACUCUGGCCGUGAGUUCUCAGAUGUGGACUCGGAAUAGCUCAGACGAUGCAAACGCCUUAGAGUUUGUUAUUGUGACGAGAUUUGUUAUAUGUAAUGACACGAAUGCGAGCAUUCGAUUUGCUCAGUGGGCUACAGAGGAAGAUAUCUUGCUGCCAUCUAGAAAAUGUAAUUUGUACUCGUGGAGGUCUCAAAAGAAACAUCAAUAUUUAAGAGUUGCCAUAGAAGAAACUGAUUGGAUAUGGUCAAAAGCUUUCUCCAUAUCCCAAACAGGCAACCAAGUUAUCCACUUCAAUUCCGAAAAGAACAUAACAUUGUUCGUUUCGGUUAAAGAGCUAUCAAAAACACAAAAACAGAUCACUUUCUACGGUCAGCUGAUAGUAUACAACCUGCUUUCUGAACACUUUGAAAUGAAGAUAGUUGAAGCGGUGGCUGAGAAUAAGGAAGCCGAGUUUAAGAGCGCCCAAGUUCAUAUCGCAGCUGGUAAAACGGCAGCGCCCAGUAUUUUUAUUAAUGAUAAGAAGAGUUAUUUUCUGAGAUUGCGUUUCUAUGGGUUGGAGUCGUCGUGGACCGGUGAUAUUCCUCUAAGAGAACACGCCACAGGUUCUCAACCAUGGUUAGUUAAGGUUCCUCUUCAAGAGAGAGGUCAGUUCCUCUCAAUUUGGUGCAGGAUUUUCGUCCAGGAUAUUUCUAAAAAGACCAAAAGGAUUUUGGCUAUGCUGUGGCCCUUGUUUAUGGUUAAGUCUAAUUUGCCCAUGCACGCGAAUGUGCACAUCGAAACUCCCACGUUAAAAGUUCAUUUGGAUUCUGUGGUGAAUGGAAAGGGCGAAUUGCAGCAACUGUAUUGUCCUGGAACGGUGGAUCAUUCGCAUCAGAUCACUUUUAAAUUGGAAACAGGAAAUUGCAACACCAACAAUCCCUAUGUACCUCUGAACUACUCCUUAGUGGACCAACAGAAAUUCUUCAAGAAAACUCCCUCAGAUGAUCUAGAAGUAAUAUUAGAUUCAUUAGAAUCUUGCUUUGAGUCAAAAUGGCCUUAUUUCGGUGACGAACUGGAUGAUAUUGAAUGGAUUGUGGAUGAUAAUCAACCUUUAACUCAUGUUCAAGUUCGCUAUCAAAAUGCCUGUCAGCAUUCGUGUGCUUUACUAGUCGAACUAUUACCUUGGUGUUUGAUGGUAAAUACCCUGGGUACUCCAGUAUCAGUAAUGCUGAACGGAGUGGAACUGUGUAAAGUACAACACCACGGCAUCAUAGCUCCUCCAAAAUUAGAGGAAACCUUUCAUUUGGGCGUGUUAAGUAGCAGCAAGUUGUUCUUUUCUGGGCCUUUGCAGCUGGCUAAAAGUGAUUGGAGCCAGUCAUUCUACAUGCCGAAAAUUUCUGGGACUAUUCCUAUCGAUGGAACAAUUAAAACUUGUAUAAAGUGUGAUCAGCAUUUAUGUAUGGUCUCAAUCACGAGUUUAAUGUCGAAUGAAAUCAGAUUACUAAGACUCUCAUCGACUCAUGUACUGUCAAACCAUUUAUCCACUCAAGUUCACAUCGUUUGCUUGGCUGUUCCUGACUGUAAGGAAUCUUUAAGUUUACCUCUGAACUUGGAGAAGUACUGUUUUACUGUUGCACCCCAUCUACAAAAAAGUCAUUGCGGUAUUCCCAUUGUACAGUGGUAUAUAAUCAAAUCACCUACGGAAACACCCACUGCCGAGUAUAAUUUAUACAUGACGUUCUCGGUCGAUCCAAAAGUAGGAUGGUCCUGUCCAGUCAGAGUUGAUAAGCAUUUAGUAAGGAAAUCGUUCUCUGUACAGACAAAACAGUUUUCCAUUCCUGUAGUGUUGACAGCCCAAGAGAAUAAAGGCCAAGUGUAUCUAGCAAUCCAUAACGAUCCUAGACCUCAGAUUUUCAUAGAAAAUAAAACUAGCGUUGCAUUUUUCUGUGGGCAGUCGUUGCCAGAUGACAGUGGAAUUGUCAAGGAAGCAGAGCAUAUUAGGUGGACCUGUAAAGUGGGAAGUAUGUCUAGAAUGUAUUACAAUUUGCCAGUAUUAUCUGAAAAGUUUCCUGAACUACCUCAAGUGAAUUUUUCGGAAAAAUUAUCUUUAGGAUAUUCUGAAGAUGAAAAAGAGAUAAAGGACAUUGAGUGGUCUGCUGGUGUGAGCAUAGUUAAUAAUAAUUCACUCUUUACUAGAGUUCCAUAUUAUGGUGACGUGAAGUUAACAAUAAACAAUACCGCUUGUACUACGUUUGUCACAAUUGAAAGUGGUAGUCAGGUUGAAAUAAGCGCAAGGGAUAUUAGAGUGCGAUUAUCAAUGAGACAAACCGAGAAGAAUUUACCUGUAAAUAAAUCUAAGAAGCCGCUAGAACCACCUAAAAAAAAUUCGGAUUGCGAAUGCCGUGAACAAACAGCUACUACAACGCCAUUUGUCAAACAGCCCUCAUUCCAAGUGCUGCCAACUGUAUCGGAACAGACUAAUGCCAGUUCAAGCAACCAAAUUCACCAACAUGCCAAUGUUGAUGAAACUGUAUCGUCUAAUUUCACCUGCGAAAGAAAAAGUUUCCUUGCCAAUACCAUUUCUUUAAAAGAGGGAUGGAAUAGUGCAAAGUUUAAUGUUUACAUUCAAAGUUUUUUCAUUUGUUUGUUAUCUGACACCGAGGAAGAGGGUAAAGAAAGAUGGGAAAUCUGUAAUUUGGUUUGCGAUGAUAUUAUUGUAAACGCUACUCAAACUGAGCAAUUAACUGUAAAGUUUGCUAUUUCGGAUAUUCAAUUCGACAAUCAGCUUUGCGCAAGAGAGUCGUACGAUUUUCCAGUUAUACUAGUAGGCCAAGAACAGAAACCGAACAAGAAAAUUAAUAUUUUAAACAUGUCGAUGGAGAACUUACUACAAAACUUUGAGUCAGAUCCCAUGCAUAUGGCGGAAUUUGUGUUAGAAGCCUGGAGAAAUGAGUCUAACAACAAGUGUUAUACUGGUAUAAGGUCAAUGAAGAUUUAUAUCAACCCAGUAUCAUGUUUCAUUGAAGAUAUUUUUAUAACAAAAUUAAUGCAGCAAUUACAAACCUUCAAUAUACUAGAUUUAGUUUUGUGGCCUGAUCGUGCAAGAAUAAUUAAACCAAGUCCUAAUUCUAAUUUGGUUAAUGUAUCCGAGCUGGUGUCGUGGCAGUGUGCUAUAUUAGCACAACCCCUAACUAUAAGGUGCUUUAGUGUUAGUCCAGUGUCUUUGUUACUGUCUGUGCACAGCUCGGUAAAAAUGUACAUCGCCUUGGAUCAGAGUCCUUUACAGUUCAGCAAGUUUGAAAGGCGCAGGAUAUUUACUACUCCUUACAGAUUGGGCCACGCACUUACCAUGCAUUACUUAUCAGGAGCCAUAUUUGGAGCUGGUUGGGUGGUCAGCUCUUUAGAAUUACUGGGUAGUCCAGGAGGUUUAGCUCGAGCCAUGGGUACAGGCUUAAGAGAUUUCGUUAGUUUACCUUACAGAGGAUUAGUUCAAGGACCAAUGGCAUUUUUAAAAGGUAUUACAACUGGAUCAGCUUCACUAAUGAGACACGUGACGGCAGGAACGUUACAGUCAGUAACCAAAUUAGCUUCAAGCGUAGCUAGGAAUUUAGAUAGGUUAACUUUAGACGAGGAGCAUCAAAAAAGGGCAGAAGAACAGCGUCGUCAAAGGCCCAUGGGUGUUGCGCAAGGGUUUAUGCAGGGUUUGACUAACUUCGGUAUAAGUCUUCUAGGAGCGGUAGGGGGUAUAGCCCAUCAUCCUCUGCAGUCUGUCAUGUCGGAGGGAGCCAGCCCGAGAUCUUUAGUCGCUGGAGUGGGUUUGGGAAUUGUAGGAGUCUUUACCAAGCCUUUGAGUGGGGCUGCUGAAUUGGUAGCGAUGACAGGACAAGGUCUGCUUCAGGGAGCUGGUUGGAACUCUUUACCAAACCCCAGACGACUAGCUCAGGUUCAAAAAAUCCACCAAACUAACAACUCGACUUUGAAAUACUCCUGGAAAUUUAUAACACUGUUCACCAACCAGAUGCUCUACGUCACCGAGGCCACUAUGAUGUCUUCAGGCGCUGUCUACGCUACCGUUGCUGUAAUCCUAACCACAGACAGCGUGAUUAUUAUCAAUUUGGAAGGAGACGAAGUGUACAGAGCCAUGUCUUUGAAAGAGUUAUCUGUGGUCAGUACAAACGACCCUACUGUUUUGUCUUUGAAGCAUACGAGACAUAUAUCUAUGAAGAGGGACUUGGAGAAAGUGGAUGAUGAAUUGGCUAUCCCUAUGGACCCGGAGAUGAGAGCCAGAGUGGCUGCCUAUGUUCGUAGUACAGUGGGACUCUUGAAUUUGCCCGAGGUUAAUGUAUACUCCGAAAUCACUAUUAGUCCACUGUCCAGUCCUGUCGAAGACCUAUCAGUUGAUGAUUCCACUGUUGUCAAUUUGUACAUGACAGCGCACAAGAUCAAAUAUUUUGUUUGUCUGUUCAAUUUGGCAAGAAGGCAGAUUGACGGCAAUCAUUUUGCAGUAUUGUAAAUGGUUUUGAUUAAAAGCAGGUACGUGAUUUUUAUUCUAAUCAUUGGUUUUGUACGCAUAGAGAAAGUAUACGCAUAACAGAAAUAUGCAUUUUUGUAUUUAUUUUUAAAAGAUUUUUAAUAAAACUGGCUGUGAAACAUAGGAAUUUUAUUUUAACAGAACCAAACAAUGACUUAGACAGAUGGCAUGCAAAAAUUGACAGAAAAAUAAGCUAGUUUCAUAUUAUAAUGACAGAUAAAGUCUGUACAACCAUUGCUCAAUGUGACGUCAUAUAUCGUAGUAUCUGACACGUGUAGACAUUAUGAAAUGGAAUGUGGACGAAAUAUAGCAUUUUUGUAAAUUACUACACAUUGAUUCUAAUAACGGGGCAUUUAUU